AAGAAAUUUGAGGUUAUGUUUCCUACUCCACAAAAAGAUACAUAACAAACUUAAGAAAUACAGAAACAUACAAACUGUAACCAUGCUAAGCGCGAUUAGAAAUACGUUGCGGGUCCCGUUGAUAAACGCGGCGCGUAUGUUUCAAACCUCAGCUCCACUGGAGACGGAGAAAUUCAACCAUAAACGUAUACCAGCAACCGAUGAAGGUGUCCAGGGAGAGAAGAUCGUGGAUUUGGACGCUGUGCUUAAACAGAAACAGAACUUAUUCCCAACUUUAGAAUCAGACGACCAGCUAUUUGACGGGACUCCAUACAAGCAGCUGCCGAUCUGCAACAUCCGCGUCAGCCACAACAACACCAUCGUCACCAUGACCGACCACCUCGGUGCCGUGAAGAUCAUCAAGUCCUGUGGCAUGGAGGGGUUCAAGAAUGCUAAGAAGGGGACCAAUAUUGCUGCGCAGACUACAGCUAUUAGUUUAGCUGCAAAAGCAAUUGACAGAGGCUACAAGACAAUCAGAGUAAGAGUGAGAGGCCUGGGACCCGGUAGACUGGCUGCAAUAAAGGGUCUCCAGAUGGGCGGUCUGCAGGUCGCCUCCAUCACGGACGCCACCCCCGUCUCGUGGAACCCGCCGCGCCCGAGGAAGGCUAGGCGACUUUAAUAUAGCGUUUAUAUUAGAUUACC